CAAUAGAGAUUGCUGAGAUGACUUCCUCAAACGAAUAUGGAUACAAUUCUUGGGAGCUCAUUGUCACAGUCGAUCACCAGUAUGAAGAAGAGCAAAAGGAAUUUACACUUCGGGUCUCGGGAGACCUACAUAUUGGUGGAGUGAUGCUCAAAUUAGUAGAACAAAUCAAUUUAUCACGGGACUGGUCAGACUACGCUCUUUGGUGGGAGCAGAAGAAGUGCUGGCUUCUGAAGACCCACUGGACGCUGGAUAAGUGUGGGGUGCAGGCGGAUGCCAAGCUGCUCUUUACCACGCAGCACAAGAUGCUGCGCCUCUGCUUGCCGAACAUGAAAACCGUGCGGCUGAAGGUCAGCUUCUCUUCGGUGGUGUUCAAGGCUGUCAGUGACAUCUGCAAAACCCUCAAUAUUAGACGAUCAGAAGAACUCUCUCUGUUGAAACAAUCGGAAGAUACUUUGAAAAAGAAAAAGAAAAAAGACAAGAAUAACAAAGAACCAGUCAUAGAAGACAUUUUAAACCUGUACAACUCUCCAGUGAUUUCAGGAUCACCAGCAAGUCCUGGUUUGUAUAGUAAAACUAUGACUCCCAUUUAUGAUCCUGUCAAUGGAACACCAGUCUCUUCUACUAUUACUUGGUUCAGUGACAGCCCUCUGACCGCACCGAACUGCAACAUCCUUGCCUUCAGCCAUCCCAACUGUUCUCCAGAAACACUGGCUGAAAUGUACCAGCCUCGGACCUUAGCUGACAAAGCCAAACUUAAUGCAGGCUGGCUGGAUUCAUCACGAUCGCUUAUGGAACAAGGCGUCCAGGAGGACGAUCAGCUUCUCUUACGCUUUAAGUACUACGCUUUCUUUGAUCUGAAUCCAAAAUAUGAUGCAGUGCGAAUAAACCAGCUAUAUGAACAAGCCCGGUGGGCCAUCCUAUUAGAAGAAAUUGACUGCACGGAGGAAGAAAUGUUGAUCUUUGCUGCAUUACAGUAUCACUUAAGCAAGUUAUCGUUAUCAUCAGAGGCACAAGACUUCACAAAUGAAUCUGAAGUAGAUGAAGUGGAAGCUGCGCUUUCCAAUCUGGAAGUAACGCUGGAAGGUGGAAAAAUGGAUAACACUUUGGAGGACAUUACAGACAUACCGAAACUUGCAGAUAAUCUCAGGCUAUUUAGGCCCAAGAAGCUAACGCUAAAAGCCUUCAAGCAGUAUUGGUUUGUCUUUAAAGACACUUCAGUAUCUUAUUUUAAAAACAAGGAAGCUGGGCAGGGGGAACCCAUUGAGAAGCUAAACCUAAAAGGAUGUGAAGUUGUACCGGAUGUAAAUGUAGCCGGGAGAAAAUUUGGAAUUAAAUUACUCGUUCCUGUUGCUGAUGGCAUGAAUGAAGUGUAUUUCAGAUGCGAUAAUGAGAAUCAAUAUGCAUGCUGGAUGGCUGCUUGUGUCUUAGCUGCGAAAGGCAAAACAAUGGCAGACAGCUCUUACCAGCCCGAGGUGCAUAAAAUCCUUUCAUUCCUGAGGAUGAAGAACCGGACCACGUCUCCGCAGGCGGUCUCCGAUCCAGAGAGCGUGGACAUGAAACCGGAACGCUUUGUCUCACCACGAUAUGCCAAAAAAUACAAGUCCAAACAGUUGGCCGCCCGCAUUCUGGAAGCCCACCAAAACGUGGCACGGAUGCCGCUAGUGGAAGCCAAGUUGCGUUUUAUCCAGGCGUGGCAGUCCCUCCCUGAGUUCGGUUUAACAUACUACAUUGUAAGGUUUAAAGGAAGCAAGAAGGAUGAUCUGCUGGGAGUUUCCUAUAACAGGCUGAUUAGGAUCGAUGCAGCCACUGGGGAUCCUAUCACAACAUGGAGAUUCUCCAGUAUGAAGCAGUGGAAUGUGAACUGGGAAAUACGUCAGGUUGCAAUUGAGUUUGAUCAGAAUGUGUCCAUUGCUUUCACGUGCCUGAGUGCAGAUUGCAAGGUUGUCCAUGAAUACAUUGGAGGUUACAUCUUCCUGUCCACUCGUUCCAAAGACCAAAAUGAAACACUGGAUGAAGAUCUGUUCCAUAAAUUAACUGGAGGACAGGAAUGAGGUGAAGCAACAUGUUUGUUUGCUGGCAAAAAGGAGCAGACAAUA